AUGAUGGUAUUUGUAAAGGUAAUGGAAGGAAAAACUAUUUCAAAGCAUAAUGAAACAUUAUCUAUUGACAUUGAGCCAACUGACACCAUUCGAGAUUUAUGGCAAGAGAUCGCGGCUGAAGAAAUGAUAAAGACCUAUGACUUAGAAAAAGCCAAGCUUCUCUUACAUGGAAAUGAAUUGCAAGAGAAUAAAACGAUCGGUGAAUGCAAUGUGGAAGAAGGCGCUGUAUUUUACUUAAAACUAUGA